UGGACUAGACCCAGAAGAGGCAUGUUGGAUGGGUCGUCCACACUGCUGGAGGGUGAAGAGAGCCUAGGUGGAGAGACCCAUCACCCCGACACUGCUGGGCUACGUGAUCCUGGAGGAGAGGGCAAAGUUCACAGGCAACCGUAGUUCACCAAGCAUCAUCUCCUGCAGUGUGUCGAGCCCGUCACGUAGGGGCGGGUCCUUGUCGUUCGUCACGCACCCUGCGCUGGAGGCAGAGAUACCUCCUCACAGCCAAAGACAAACCUGAGGGAGCAAAAGUGAGGAUUAAGAGGAGACCAAGUAUCAGAUCAUCAUCAUCAUGAAGAUCACCGGCAAACACUUGUUGUGCUUCUUCCUGCUUGCCUUCUCGCUGUCCUGGGCAGAGGACACGAAGAAAGAUGUGAGGAAGACUGAGAACGACACAGUUUGGAGCCAAGCGAAGACCAGACGACUGUUUGCGAGGCGAAAGAUUUCUCCACCACAGGAAAGUCAGAUUCCUAAACACAAGUCAAACCUUAUGACCCCUGCACGUCGCUGUGGCCGCCUGAUGGAAAGCUGCUCCUCUCAUUUGCCGUGCUGCGACCCCUGCGCCUCCUGCCGCUGUCGACUCUUCAACACCAUCUGCCACUGCUGGAGGACGAACCCCCUGUGCUUAAAGAGGACGUAGAUUAAGCCCAAAGUUACACAUGCACAGACACAGCCCAGCACCUGGACAUACACAGUGUACAUACAUAUAUACACAGAUAAAUGCACACGCACGUAAGUACAGUUCAGAAAAUAUUAUUACAGUUCAGAAUGAAUGAUAGGAAGAGUGAAGCCUUUGUUUUUCUGUCUUCAGUCUUCUGAGGCAUGAAUAUGAAAAUACUCACAGACAUGUUUACAGAAUAUCCAAAUACCCAACAUACAGUAUGUAGGUGUAACAAAGGAUGACAUUUGUUUUUCCAUGCAUGUAGACAAUCACGUGUAAACUGUAUGCCUCGGGUAUUUCCCACACUAUUGCUGCUUUUGAAUAUUUUUUCUGCUCUUCUGCCAUGUUAAACAUGUGGUAACCCAUCAGAACUAGUUUUACAUUAGAACAUAAAAUUAUUUUUUCAACUCACUGCCCUACAGGCUAAAUGUGGAAAAAAUAGAACAAAAUCAUAUGUUUUGAGUCAGACAGUUAAAAAACAGAUUGUUCUGUUCUUAUGUAAAUCAUGCCUUGGAGAGAUAUAUUUGGAUUUAUGAGUUAAAGUUAGUUUAUAUUUUUGUUUAAAUAUGUUGUAAGCCUAUAUUAUCUUUGUGUUUUUGAUCGUUUCUGUCUUUUUUUUUUCAGUGGAAAUGUCCUAAAAUGUUUAAAUAAGAAAUUACAAUCACAACAUUACUUAUAUGUGGAUUUAUGGGAGGAAACCAUGUUUGAUUUAGAAAAUGUGACAUGUGAGGAUUAAAACAAAGCAAAAAAGGGAUUUUUGAAUUUUUUUUGGAUAAAAGCGGAUCUAACCUGCUUUGUAUUCUUUUCUGGGGCGAUUAUGUGGAAAGCCGAAAGACACUGAAGAUUAAGCCUAUGUGUACAGUAGGGGGCCAAGUGUGAAUUAAGGAAGGAUGUGCAUAGACACAUGUUGAUGUUAGUCUGUGUGAAUUCCAGAAUAAAGCAGUUUUGCAUCUCUUAAAUCCUA